AUGGAGCCACCCUCCACGCCGCAGCGCUCUGUCCUGGGGUCUCGGCGUGCCCCGACCCCGUCAUCCUCCACGAAGAAGGGCAGGGCCACGAGGAGUAAGCGUCGAUCCUCCGGACAGGCAGCACGGGCCGUCGUUGACAACCAACCUCCGGAAUCCUCAUCCGAUACCACAAAGGUCUUCUGGGUUAGCUUGGGUAAUCCGACGUACAAGUUCUGCGUCUUCCGGGAAGCUGUGAGGGGGUUGACCGGGCCCAAGCUCGCGCGGAUGUUAGAUGAUAUCAUGACCAGCUUGUACCAGGCGCACAGUGACAAGAACUUCGACGUCAUCGGCACCGUUUGCGACGGAGCAGCUGAGCACCGGUCGUUCCAGAAGUAUCUAGCGGAGAUAGCAUUCUCCGAGUGGGCACGCGGAGACUCGGCGUUCGAGAAGCGGAUGGGGGACUUCAAGGUAGCCUUCAAACAUCCUAGCCACGGCGGGCCCGUGUUCAACAUGUCCGAUCCAGUACACCUCCUGAAGAAGGUCGUGAACGCCCUCUGGCACAGCGACAUCCCGAGCAAGCAACGUGACCUCAAGAAGCUUUGGUACAACGAGGCAGCAGAGGACUACGAAUGGGUGUCGUUCUCUCUCAAGACGCUGGAGAAGGUGUGGAAAGAGGAGGAGGCAGGCGGAGGGGUUCGUUCUGUGGCAGAACAGGCUGCCCACCUCAUCCGCUUCUUGAAGUUCGACCCCGAGAUGUUCACCAGGAACAGCCACAACUGCAUGAGCGUGGGGCUCUCGGCCAAGCGCAAUGGGGAAGCUGGAGGCCAACAACCAACCGCCAUCUGGAGAAAUAGAGACCUAUGCUGA